AUUAAUUAAUUUAGUUCAUUGAAUGCUCAUAAACGACUCUACAAUUUCUUAGUGUAGAAGAGGAGGGAAGAACAGGAAACUGAAGAUGGUAGGAAGUAGAACCCUAUCAAGUUGUGUGAGAUUUGCGGCAUAAAAGGGCUUUUCUCCUUGGAGGUUUGAAUGAUCUAGAUGUUAUAAGUCCCAACUAUACAUUUUGGGGUUCAGUCCAUUAAUCUUGUGAUUCUUUUGUGGGCUAUUCAAGUUGGAGAGCAUCACUGGCAGAAGCAGAACUACUAUUUGGAACAACAGUGCUAGUUUUUGCCUUGGACACAAUAGUCAUAUCCCCUUGGACACAAUAGUCAUAUCCUCCUAUCAAACCAAGAUGAAAACUCUGCACCUGAUAAUGUCCUUUCUCGUUGCAAUUGUUGUCACAAAUAUAUAUAGACACGGGCAUCAUUUCAAUAUUGAGGCAUUUGUAUAGAUAUUGGAAGAUGACACUGGCUAACAAAUGGAUCCAACCGUUGGGAUUGAACCUUGCUCAAAGCUGGAUCAAUGGGGAAGAGGACGCGCCUCUCUGAGCUGGCUUCUGCACAAGCACGGCAAAAUCAACCACAUAGCAAAGAAUGGAGCCUCUGUCGGUUUGAAUCCUUCACCGAAUUGAGUCUUUCGCGUGGUUAAUUGAAGGAUUUGAAACUAGAGUUUGGGGAUGAACUUAGCCCUCCUCUGGCUUAAAGGAGAAAAACGGACACAAAGCGCAUGACUUUUGAGAGUCUGAUAAUGUGGUCCUUUCUCUUUUCUGAAUUUUCAUUUUAGUCCCUGCAAAACACAAUUAAAGUUCUAUGAGUUUU